GGUAGGAGCGCACACCGUGCGCAAGAAGCCACUUCCAAUUGGUCUUGUCAAGCACCGUAUCUAAAGUGACAGCAACUGGCAACUUUAUUUAUUUAACCACCCUCCCCCCACCCCCAGCUGAUCGAAGAGCAGAAAAGGGAAGGUUAUCGGUAUGGGGCUGCAAGCAGUGUGCCGAUUAGUCGCCCUGGGUUGCCUUCUCCAGAUAUCUGUUUGCUGGACCUCUCCAUGCCCGGGCAUUUGCAGGUGCACCGAAGAAAGUAUUCGCUGCACCAAGGAAACUCAACUCAGCUCUCGGUCCCAAUCGGCGUUCCCUACCAGUCUAAGAUUCAUCCACCUGCCCUUUAAAGAAGUUAAGAGCGGGUCUUUCAGAGGACUACUUAACGUGUCCAGAAUCGAGAUACUGCAGAGCGCCUCUCUCAGGAGAAUAAAGGGCAAAGCUUUUCUGUCACUGCACAGUCUCUCAGAAAUGCUGAUACAGAAUGUCUACAACUUGGAGGCCAUAGAAAGAGGCGCCUUCACUGACCUACCCAAGCUAAAGUACUUGAGCAUCUGUAACACAGGCCUGAGGUACUUUCCUGAUCUCACCACUAUUGCCUCUAUAGAGUCAUACUUCUUUCUGGAGCUGGCAGAUAACAUGGAAAUCGACACGAUUCCUUCCAACGCCUUCCUGGGCAUGACAGAUGAGUACACGCACAUGAACCUUUUCCGAAAUGGGUUUAAAGACAUACAGAAUCACGCCUUCAAUGGAACCAAGCUGGAUAAACUAGUUCUAAAGGGCAACAGCCAUCUCAGGAACAUACACACCGCCGCCCUGGAGGGAGCAGUUGGCCCGAGCAUGCUGGAUGUGUCCUCCACGCCUCUCCGCAUGCUCCCGGCCCAUGGGUUGCUGGAGGUGAGGGUGCUGGCUGCCCGCUCGACCCCCGCCUUGAAGACCCUACCACCCCUGGAGAGCCUGGCCAAUCUGCAGGAGGCCCAGCUCACAUACCCCAGCCAUUGCUGUGCCUUCCACACCUGGAAACGACAUCACAGGUACCACAGGGGUGUCUGCGGAGUCCUGGCUGCCGCUCACAUGACUUCCCGCUCUUCAAUGCCUCUCAACCACUUUUUUUGUAGAGACAACGCUUUCCUGCGGGAGUUUGGGAAGCUGGCCAUCCCGUUCAGCAGCGACAGCCUGCAGGGAGUCAUCUACCCCUCUGACAGCAUUCCGGUAUUCAUGGGGGGCGACAGCAAUCUUGACACUGACCCCGACGAUGUGGAGUUUCAGUAUUCAGACCUGGUGCUAGGCAUUGGUACCACCAUGAAGUGUACCCCAGAGCCAGACGCCUUCAACCCCUGCGAGGACCUUCUAGGCUCUGCCUUUCUGCGUACGGCCACGUGGGCCAUCACCGUGCUGGCGAUCGCGGGGAACCUGACGGUGCUGGGGGUCCUUCUGGCCAGCCACCGCAAGCUCACCGUCUCCCGCUUCCUCAUGUGCAACCUGGCCUUUGCAGACCUCUGCAUGGGCAUCUACCUCCUGCUCAUCGCCACGGCUGACCACCAAUCCCAGCGCGAGUACUACAAUCACGCCACCCAAUGGCAGACGGGGCCAGGCUGCGGCGUGGCCGGCUUUCUCACAGUAUUCGCCAGCGAGCUGUCCGUCUACACGCUGACCACGAUCACCUUAGAGCGUUGGCACACCAUCAACUACGCCAUGCAGCUGGAGCGGAGGCUGAGGCUACGGCAUGUGGUGGCCACAAUGGCGGGCGGCUGGGCCUUCUCUCUGCUGGCCGCGCUGCUCCCGCUGCUCGGCGUCAGCAGCUACACCAAGGUCAGCAUCUGCCUGCCCAUGGACAUCGAGACGACGGCCGCCCAGGGCUACGUGGUUACGUUGCUGCUCCUCAACGUGGCCGCCUUCCUGGUGGUCUGCACCUGCUACAGUCGCAUCUACCUGAUGGUCCGGCAGCCGCAGCGCGCCGCCUGCCACGCCGACGCCAAGAUCGCCAAGCGCAUGGCCGUGCUGGUCUUCACCGACUUCCUCUGCAUGGCUCCCAUCUCCUUCUUCGCCAUCUCCGCCGCCCUACGCGCUCCGCUCAUCACUGUGUCGCACGCCAAAGUCCUCCUUGUGCUCUUCUACCCCCUCAACUCACUCUGCAACCCCUUCCUCUACACCAUAUUCACCAGGGCCUUCCGGCGGGACGUCCGGCUUCUGGCUGCUCGCUGGGGCCGCUGUCACACCUGGACUGAUGGCUCCAGGACUCAGAGCCACUGUCCGCACAGGGGCCCCAAGGCGGCAGCCCCACAGAAACCUGGCUCUGCGCCAUUCUACGUCGAUCACAUCAAGAUGCAUGGCUGGUUCCUCAAGCGAGGCCCCAAGUGACAGAAGGAUAUAGACUGAGACUGGCAUUUCCAUGGUGCUCACUUCCUUAAUGUACAUUCUGUCCAAUAUUUUUUUAAUAAAAAAAGUACAAAAAUACCACAAUCCUCCCAAGCAAAGUAUUAUUGAUGCAAGUUCACCCUUCAGCCUUCCCAUCUACUGUAUCUUCACUACUUUGGCAAUUCUCUCUUUUUCCUCCCCCCCACUAUUCCGUUCAUGUCAUGAUCCUGAUUGUUCCAAGAUGGCGGGCAGCCAGAAUUGUGUUCCCUUCACAUAAUGAGUUUGCGGCUCAGUGUUCCUUCGGUGAUGGCCCGAUUGGGACGUCGUGGUGGGCACCCUGGUGGACGAGGGGUGGGCGGCGGGCGGCUGCCUUUUGGCAAUUACCACAGAACACAGGGAGCCCUUGACCCAGCCCCGUGCCACCGAGCCCCAGCCCUCAAAGACAGUGAGAAUUGAAACUGGAGAGUCAGGCGUGUAGAUUCACACUGUCGUCACGGAGCGUCAAUUGGCACUCCAUGUAGGGCAGACAUGCGCUCUGGGCGACACCCCCCAUCCUGGCAGGCUGAGUGCACUCUCCACUUGGAUUGGAUUUCUGGCAUUCGACUCAAACCCCAUCCCCACCCCACAGGUGCUAACAGCAGAAUUAGCCUCCCACAGUGUACCAUUAACAGGUAAAGGGAAUGGAUCCUGUCUGUACAAGCAGGAUCUCACAGUCACAAGAGACACAGAAACACAGUAUAG